AUGAAUUACUGGAUAAACACCCACUUGUAUCUAAAGUUAAGCCAAGUUGAUACCAAGCUGGUCGGUCCCUACGUAAUCCCCAAUGCUGUAGCGGGCUUCGACUUUGCGGGCACUGUGGACGAGCUGGGCCCGGAAGCUACCAAAUGUGGCCUCAAAGUGGGAGAUCGUGUGUGCAGCGCUGUCGUGGGCAUGAAUCCCGCAGAUCCUACUAUUGGAGCAUUCGCACAGUACACAGCAGCUGUCGAAUGGAUCCUACUUAAGCUACCACAUAGCCUUACUUUCGAGGAAGGGGCGACGCUUGGUAUCAGCUUUUUGACGUCGGGCCUUGCUCUCUUCAAAAGGCUAGGUAUUAUAGGAAGGCCACUUGAGCUAGCGCCAAAGCCACUCUGCGUUCUAGCCGGCCACGUCCCCAUUACUACUUGCUCUCCUAAUAACUUUGAGCUGGUAAAAUCCUAUGGUGCUGUGGAAGCUUUUGACUACAACAAUCCCGACAGCAUUGACCAGAUCAAAAAGUACACCAAGAAUGGACUGCGUUACGUUCUUGAUUGUAUAUCCACAACAAGUAGCAUGCAGUACUGCUACAAGGCUAUUGGUCGACCUGGUGGUAAAUAUACAUCCCUGGAGCCCUUUUUUGCCGCAGUAGCGCAGACUCGAAAGGUUAUUUCUCCAGAUUGGGUGAUGGGCCCGUCAUUAUUAGGGCAGGAAGUCGCCUGGCCUGAGCCUCACUAUCGCAAGCAGGAUGACGAGUUGGCUCAGUUCGGUGCUUACUGGACAGCCAGGUUGAAUCUGCUGUUGGAAAAGGGACUCAUUAAGCCACAUCCAAUUCAGGUUCGGGAUAAAGGACUGGAAAAUAUCCAACAGGGGCUGGAGGAACUGAGAGCAAAGAAAGUAUCGGGCGCCAAGCUUGUGUAUCCUCUAUGUGCCCUCUUGUUCUCCACUCUGAUGACAGGCGCCAUCUCCGUACCUACAACCACGCAAUCCACGGCAAUGCCCCCCUGCCUACCAUGCCGUUGCCAGGAGGCACCUACACCCGUGUUUGGCUAUCUCUAUCAAAUUGUCGAACUGGGAGUUAUGAGACUAUUUAUCGAAAAGUCUGUCUUUGACGAAAUUCCCGACCAUGGAAUUUCUAUUACUGAUCUAUCGGUGAAAACUGGCAUUGAAUUCAACCUGCUAGAAAGGCUGGUGAAUUUCCUGAUCUCCAGCCGCAUUUUCACAUCUUCGCCUCCUGGGUACAUACAUAAUACUCCCACUUCAAAGUAUUUUACUGAGAAAAGAGCUCAAUUAUGGUAUCCGCACAUUUUUAACGUUUUCUUGGCCUCCGCCGUCAAGUGGCCCGAUUAUUUUGCCAUCAACGGCAUGCGAGAGCCUCAAUGCUCAAGCAAGUCGCCAUUUGGCUUUAGUUCCGGCUACCCAGACAAAUCUGUCUAUGAAAUAUUUGAUCUCAUGCCCAAAAGGUCCUCUGAUUUCAAUGCCACCAUGGCUUUGAGCUUGGGUGAGAUGCCAAUUCUUGGUAUGUAUAACUUCUCGUGGAUUGGGGAGUAUGGGAAACGCCCAGAUGCCCAAGAUAGAACUCUGUUUGUGGAUGUCAGCGGAGAGAAGGUCAUCGACGAAGCAAAGCUGGCAACCGGCACCCUGGAGACUGUGAGAAAGGUGCCAAUCGAUCUGUUUCAGGAGCAGCCAGUGAAAGGCGCUCUAGUUUACUACAUUCGCCGAGUGCUGAAUGAUUGGUCAGACGCAGAGGUCGUCCGGAUUCUUCGCAACAUCCGCAACGCUUGCGUUUCCGACUCCAAGGCUCUUAUCUCAGAAAACCUUCUUCCUGAUGAACCGCCGUUGAAGUUGGCCGCUAUCGACGUCUGGAUGUUAAAUGUUGGUGGUAAGCGACGUAACGGACGGAACUUUGAAGAACUAGCCGCACGCGUAGGGUUUAAACUAUCCAGCAUCGCUGAGGAUGACAAGACGAAAUCGGCGGUACUUGAACUAGUAGUUGUUUAA